AACACAUUAAAUUUUAGCUUAUUGAGUUACAAAUUAGCUCUAGAACUUGUGCGUGACUGACGUUAAUAUUACUUAAAAUUCAAAUUUCAAGGCUACGAUUAAAAUUUUUUGCAUUAAAUCGUUUUGAUUGCCAUUGCAAAAAAAGGUAAAAUGGCAGUCGAAGAGUUAACAUCAAUAAAGAAAUUUUUCGAUGGUUGUGAAGUUUUCAUCACCGGUGGAACUGGGUUUGUUGGUCGUGUGUUGAUUGAGAAGCUGUUAAGAAGCUGUCCUGGUGUAAAAAAGAUUUAUGUGAUUAUAAGAUCUAGAAAAGGUUUAACCUCAUCAGAAAGAAUUGGUGCAAUAACUGAUUGUAAAUUAUUCGAUGGAUUAAAAGCUUCAAAUCCAACUGCAACUAAUAAGAUUCAUGCAUUGGAUGGAGAUGUUCAGAAACUUCAAUUAGGUCUUUCUGAUGCAGAUUUAGAAAAGAUAAAAAACUGCUCAAUAAUCUUCCACUGUGCUGCAUCUGUGAGAUUUGAUGAUCCACUUAGUUCAGCUAUUUUAAUGAACACUCGAGGAACUUUAGAAGUUUGUAAAAUUGCUGAGCAGAUUCCAAAUUUAAAGGCACUGGUUCAUGUUUCGACUUCAUUUAUUCAACCCAAAAAGUAUGGAUCUGAUGAAAUUUUCUAUCCAGCUGAUGUCGAUUGGAGGCAGUUUAUUAAAUUAGCUGAAACUGUUGACGAUGGAAUGUUGGAUUCUCUCGAAAAGAAGUUAACGGACAAUGCGCCAAAUACUUACACAUUUACGAAGCACUUAUCAGAACAAAUCUGCAAACACUACAGGGACACAAAGAAUCUUCCAAUCGUCAUUUAUCGACCAUCAAUUAUUGCUGGUAGUGAAAGUGAACCACUUCCAGGUUGGCUUGACAACUUAAAUGGUCCCUUUUCAUACUGUUUUACAGCAAUCUUAGGUAUUCUACACGUAUCAAUGGUUGAUGGAUAUAGAAAACUUGAUUACGUUCCUGUCGACUUGUGUGUUAAAGGAAUGAUAGUUGCAGCAUGGAAGACUUGGAAUGAACGUCAAUUAACACAAACUAUUCCAAUUUACAAUGCAACAAGUACGAAAAAGCCCUCAUUCUAUUCCAUGAGCUGGCAGAAGCUUCAUCUUGUCUAUCCAUCUAAAAAUUCAAUAAUGUAUAUGGAAAUGACUCAUACUAGCUGUGUAUUCCUAUUCUGGAUGAUCAAAAUUGUUGAGCAAAUUAUUCCAGCGCUCUUAUAUGAUGGAUUGUUAAGGCUUAGUGGAAGAAAACCUAAACUCUUGAAGUUUCAACGCAUCAUCAUGGAAUCUGAAAAGGCAAUGCUUCAUUUUACUCUAAAAGACUUCAAAUUCACAAACACAAAAUUCCUCGAUCUAGAUCGAGUCAUUCCACCGCACGAGUUCAAAGAAUUUCAAGUCAGUUCCAAACUUUCAGACGAAGUCACAAUCAUUAGGUCAAUUUGCUUGAACUUUAUACAAAACAUGUUGAAAGAAGACGUCAGUGACUUUAGUAAGGCAUUCCGAAGACAAAGACUUGUAACUUAUAUUUGGAGAACUUAUCAAGUUGCAGCCUAUUCUUAUCUUAUUUAUAUAACAUGUUUGCUAUUUCAAAAAGUUUUUGGUGAUUUUAGUUCUCAUGGAAUGUUCAUUGCUGAGUAAAUUAAAAUACUUUUUGUAUUUUUCUUAAAAAAGUGAGAAAUAAAAUAAUUAAACAAA